AUGGAGGAGAACAGCACAACAAACCUCACCCUGAACAAUACACUUUAUGGCUCACUGGACUGGGAGGAAUUUAUCACAUCUGAAUGUUUGAGCAUUCCCUACACCCUGAUUGCCUUUGCAGGGGUGUGCCUGGGGAUUUCCCUCUGUGGGCUGGCAGGGAAUGGGGUGGUCAUGUGGUUCUUGGGCUUCCACACAAAGCAGAGCCCUUUCACUGUCUACAUCCUAAAUCUGGCUGUUGCUGACUUCUCCCUGCUCCUUCUGUUUCUCCUGCUUAUGUUGGCUUUUCUGACCAUAGCAGCAUUUUGCACAUCUUUGGUUCAUCUUGCUCCUCUCUAUGUAGAUUUUGUGUUUGUGGUGGAACUCCUGUGCCAUGUGUUUGACCUGAGCAGCCUGGGGCUGCUGGCAGCCCUCAGCGUGGAGCGCUGCAUCUCCGUCCUCUGCCCCAUCUGGUACCGCUGCCACCGCCCCCGGCACCUCUCGGGCAUCAUCAGCGGGGCCCUCUGGGCACUCGCAGGGGUUUUUGUUUCCUCCCUCUACCUCACCUACACUGAAGACUCUGAGACUGUCCUUGCAGGUGUAGCCCUUGCAAUUUCCGUGGUUUUCUCCCUCAUGAUGUUGGUUUCCAACCUGUUCCUGUUCCUCAAGCUGCACAGUGGCUCCUGGAGGCGGCAGCCAGGGAAGCUCUUUGUGGCCAUCCUGCUCAACGUCCUGCUGUUCUUCGCCUUCGGCAUCCCUUUCUGUGUGGAGGUUUUCCUCAAUCUCCCUGAUUCUGGUGAUUUAUUCCCAGAAGACCCCUCCUUGUUGCUGGCACUGCUGAACUGCUCCCUCAACCCGGUGAUUUACGUGCUGGUGGGGAGCUGCCGGCGGCGCCGCUUCCAGCGCUCCGUCAGAGUCGCUCUGCGGAGGGUGUUUGAGGAGAAAGCCGGGAGUGACGAGGGGAGCCACGGCCCUGGGGACACUGUGGUGGAGGUGACAGCUCUGCGAGGCACUUCUGGACAUGAGGCACGUGGAGUGUGGUAA